UACAACUCUCCGUCUCGGUCAACUGACAAUUGAGGAAUCCAGAGGUCUUUAAUUGUGCAUCUUGAAGUUUUUGUAUCUCCACAAGAGAUAGAAACGAAGAUGUUACACGCGAUGGUAGGAGGACAGCUCAAGGACAAAUCGGAGAAUGGUGCCGGAUCAGCUGGCUCGAAGGGCGUCAACUUUCUAAGCUCCGAAUUGAGCGACCUGAUUAAUGGGUCUGAAACAGUUACAACUGUUCUCGCUGCGCAUCCAGAUUGGUCAGUUGAGCGCGUUGAAGAGAGUAUCUACGGCAAGCGUCAUCAUGCACACCAUAAGUACGAUACGAAGGAAUCGGAGGGAUUGAUGGAGAAGUUACAUCUGAGCAAGAGCAAAGAGGAGGACGACGAGUCAUUGGCGGAGAAGAAUCACUUGAAAACCAUGGAUCAAUGGGAGGCCAUCAAUCCAUUGAGCGAGCAGCAGUUGCAAGAGCUGAGAAAGAGCGGCAAAUGGGGUACGAAGUCGCCUAGUGACUUCUUUCUAAAUGUCUACGCUCAGGCUCUGCUGAGUCUGGAAGGUCACCCCUUGAAUGGAUUGGUUUCUCCUCCACUUGUGGGCUCAUGCGGUGUCAUCAACCUGAGUAUUAUCUCUGUGAUCCCCGAUAUUAUCCAGCACUACGCGGAUGUGAUCGUUAGGGCUGAGCAUGAAAUAAUCCUUGCGACCAACUUUUGGGAGGCUUCAGGCGCAGCGAAGACAAUAUGUGAUGCCAUGAAAGAGCUUUCGCGCCGAGUCAUCGAGCGUAAAGGUGAAAAGGUUGUGCUUAAACUCACCUACGAUCGCGGAAACCCAUCACAAGUGGUUUCACCUCAUCAACCGGUCGACCCAAAGACAUACACCGGAGACAAGGUCAAAUUGCCAUCACCUGAAGAGAUCCCGGGUAUUCAAAUGGAAGUUCAGAACUAUCACGUCCCUCCAGUCGGUACAUUCCAUGCCAAGUACAUGGUACUGGACCGCAAAGUGGCUCUACUCAAUAGUAACAAUAUUCAGGAUAGAGUCAACGUCGAGAUGAUGACUCAUAUCGAGGGACCUAUCGUUCAGUCCUUUUACGAUAUGGCAAUCUUAUCUUGGUCUCGAGAAUUCAAUCCACCUCUACCUCUCAUCGGCAAGCCACCAGUCUACCCAGUGGAACCAGUCCAAUCGGACUACAUCUUUGGGCAAGAUCACCCCAUCAUCGACGCCAAAGGAGACCUCGAGAGCGCAGCCAACACUGCUAGAGAAACGAUUGCGAAGCAUCACGAUGAGACGGAACAAAGGACUGGUGACGAGGUUCACCCUGUCAAACAGAAGCUGGGCCGUAUCUUUGACUCGUCCGACUCUCAAGAGGCGGACAGGGUGAACAACCAACUCAAGACCACAGAUUCGAUCACGGAUCAUUUGAACACCGGCAAGAAGAUAUCAGGCAACGACAGUGAUCCCCCACCGAAUGCAGGCGUCUUCAAACCCAUUGUUCUGCACAGUCCUCACGAUCCUGUUCCGAUGUCCUUGGUCAACCGGGCGCCACGAGGGAAACCGGGACACGGCGAUACAUACGUGCCUCAGGAUCAAGCUUGGCUGGCAGCCUUCAAAUUCGCAAAGUCGAGAGUCUUCAUACAAACGCCCACGUUCAAUGCCACUCCAGUCGUACAAGCUGCCCUGGAGACUUGCAUGCGGUGCGUCACGGUAGAAAUCUAUGCGGAUCUCGGCUUCAACGACGAGGGCGAAUUGCUUCCCUUCCAAGGCGGAACGAACCAAAUGGUCGUGAAUGCAAUGUAUGACAAACUUCCAGACACGCACAAACAAUACCUCGAAUGGUAUUGGUACACUGGCAAAGAUCAAAAGGCUCCUCUCAACGCGAAAGACAAGAGCCGAAAUUGUCACGUCAAGCUCAUGAUCGUCGAUGAGCAGAUCAUCAUCCAAGGCAAUGGGAACCAAGAUACCCAAUCAUGGUUCCAUUCGCAGGAAAUCAAUGUCCUCGUUGAUUCUUCACUCCUAGCCAAAGAGAUCCGAGAGGCCAUAGACGCGAAUCAGAACACUAAAUGGUACGGCCGAGUGGGACAAGACGGGACUUGGCGGGAUAAGGAUGGAAAAGAAUUACCAGGAAACGAGAAGAGCGAAACACCCAAGGGACCUAUGAAGAGUUUAGUCGGUGUCAAGGGGGCUAUCCAACGAGUUCGAGGGGAAGGUGGAUUCUGAAAAAGGCAAUGGGGUUUGUAUAGAUACAUGUU